AUGAAGCCGCUCACGCUGCUACAGCGACAACGGAUCACCCUCUCACUUUUUUUUACAGUCGCGGUCGGAGCCGUAUUCACAGUCGCAACUCCGGCAUUCGUCCCCUGGAAGGUCGUGGACGACAAGCGUGCCGAGGCAUUGAAUCAGCAGAGACUUCAGGGCAAGGAUUUUCAUGUCAUCGAGAACCGCGGGCGGUCCAGAAGUGGCACAUCCUCCGAGGAACAGGAUCCAUCAUCGACAUCGCAUUCAUCACAGCACCAUAAUGCGACCACGUCGUCUUCAAUAUCGCAUCAAAGGCCUAUCAUUUCACUAUUGACUGAUCGGACAUCAACAACAGAUUCAGGACUCGAGAGCACAACGGCAAUAACUGAUGCAGAGCAGUCAGGGACAGAACCAGGGGUCAAGAAGCGGAGACGGAGGCGGAAGGUAAAGAUGGUCAAUGAAGGAUGGCAGGAGUUCACGGGACGAACGGCCAGGGAGGAGAAGGAGAAAGAAGAGAAGGAGAAGCACCAGCACCAUACCCAGACGUCUUCUGGGCCAGAACCCCUUGGCGAGAAUGGCGGCCGAGAGAUCUCCUGGAAGAACAAAUCGCAAUAA